UACAAGCAAAUCGUCUACCUUUCAACUGACAAUUCUAAAAGUAAUUGUAGAAACUUCCACGAGGACUAUUCAAAUUAACAAUUUAGCAAGUAAAUAAUUUAACAACAGCACAAAAUGCCAGCUGACACUACAACCAAGCAAGUUCAAGAUUACAAAGAUUCGCUAAUCAAAAAAGCAGAACAGCUUAUUAUACAGGGCUUUCCAGAAAAAAUUGUUGAAUUGAAUGAACUCCUCGCAACACCUAUGUUUAGCGAUCGCAACUUCAAUGAAGUGCAUCAAGACCUUAACAUUCCAACGCCAGAUCCAAUUUUGGUGAACAAUCAUGCUGAAACGACCGACGACGGUGGUGACGCCGACCAGCCGGCGGCAAAAAGACCACGCACCGAUCACUUUGUGCCUGGCACCAAAGUUAUGUGCUUGCCUACUGGUUCUGUACCUUGCAAUGAACCACUCUGCGAAAUGAUCAAAAUCGUAAAACCAAUUAUUCGUAAACUUGUGGAAGAUUCAAAUUUGUUGAAAAUGUGGAUUUCGUUUUUGAUACCAAAAAUUGAGGAUGGCAACAAUUUCGGUGUAUCUGUGCAGGAAGAUACGCUUGCUGAAAUACAAGCUGUUGAAUCCGAAGCUGCGGCAUUCUUCGACCAAAUUUCGCGUUAUUUCUUAUCACGCGCCAAAGUUGUUUCUAAAGUCGCGAAAUAUCCACAUAUCGAAGAUUAUCGACGGGCAGUGGUGGAGUUGGAUGAGAAGGAAUACUUAAGCUUGUGGUUGGUUGUAUGUGAAGUGCGAAAUCGUUAUUCAUCGCUACAUGACAUCGUUAUCAAAAAUUUGGAGAAACUGAAGAAACCACGUUCAUCCAAUGCUGAUAGCUUAUAUUAAACAAUAAUAGAGAAAAAAAAAAACAACACGCAAUCGUAUUAAAACACAUAAAAGAAAACAACAAAGCAUGGAGGCAUGCGUAAUAGUGAAGUUGUUACGAACAGGAUUGAAGUUGUGUUAGCGCUGCAUUUCACAAGAAAUGGGUGCAAGCGGGUUUUUGUUGAAAGACGUGCAAUGCGCGCUGACACUACUUAAGAUACCUGUGGAACGUAACAACAAACCGCUCUCAACAAUUUAUAAUCAAAUGCUUGAAUUUAGUCAUGUAAAAAUGUGAAUUGCGACGUUAAAAAUAUUGGUUAGUUCAAUAUAUUUUGAUUGUAAUGUUAAUUUCUUAUUUCUCUCAAUCCAAACAUUUUUUGCAUUAACUCAAGGUAUAUAAAUAAAUAUAUAUGCAUAAAACUUACGUAAGAAAAAAAAAACAAAACACGAGUAAAUAAAAAAGCCGAAUUUUACAAAA